AUGAACAACACAGCCGUCACCUCAAAGUCGGCACCGCCCGCUGCCGAGGACGUCUCGGCCAUCACAAAGAGCAUCUACGAGUCAAAGACGUCGCAAGAGUCGCUCGACGCUGCCUACAGUCUCUGUGAUGUUCUCCUCAACUCGGUCGGCUUCCGCGGCCUCAACGACUACAACGUUCUGCAAGAAGUCAAGAAGGCUGCCACAGACAAGAAGAACAUUGGCCGCCGCGAGGGUGCCAUGUUCGCCCUCGGUGCCAUCUUCGAAAGAUUCCCCAGCAAGCAGCGCCUGAGCGAGGUUGUCUUCCUCCUCCAGCACGACUACCUUUUGCCCAUGGCCCUGGACGCCAUCGCCGACAAGACCCCCAGCGUUCGCGAUGGGGCCAAGUACGCCAUCGAUGCUCUCUACAAGGAGCUCGGUGCCGAGGCCAAGGUUUACGGUCUUCUGCCCAUCCUGAUCAGAUAUCUCCGCAAGGGCUCCUGCAAGUGGCAGAGCGCUGUUGUCGCAUACGAGUUGAUUGGCCGCAUGGCCGACGACGCCAAGAUGGGUAUGGAGAGCCUCGAGGCCGAACAAGCCAAGGACGUUCUCCGUGAAGCCAUGGGACGCAAGCUCGAGGAUCUGAUCCCCAUCGUCGAAGGUGGUAUGCACGAUCUCAAGUCCGAGGUCGCCAAGGCUGCCAUCAAGUCCAUGAACUCCCUCACCACCCUCCUCCAGAACGACGACGUACAGCCUCGUCUUCCUCUUCUGAUCAAGUCGAUGGAGGACCCUUCGACUUCAAGUCUGCAGAAGGCUAUCCACGCCCUUUCGCAAACCACUUUCGUGGCCAUUGUCACCUCCCCCGUUCUCGCCGUCCUCACCCCUCUCCUCGAGCGCUCUCUCAACAGCCCCAGCACUUCGCAAGAAGUUACCCGUCAAACCGUCGUUGUCGUCGAGAACUUGACCAAGCUUGUCCACGAUCCUGUCGAGGCCAGAGCUUUCCUCCCCAAGCUUCUCCCCGGUACCAAGGCUGUCCGCGACAGAGCCUCUCUUCCCGAGGUUCGUGAGAUUGCACAGAGAGCCCUCGACGUUAUCGAGAAGGCCAUGGGCCAACAGGCUAGCGGUGAUCACUCCGAGUCUGAUCGCACUGUUCCUGAAGAGGUUAUCAAGGUCUUGGAGAAGGAGACACAAGCAAAUGGCGGUCUUCUCCAGAUGGCUGGCGAUGCCGACAUCUGGGCUUUGGCCAAGCCUUACAUUUCCACCAUGGUCGCCGAGGAUGCCACUGAUCGCAAGCUCAUGCGCAUCACUGGCAACAUUGCCCCCUACAUGGCUCCCCUUAUGGAGGACGGUAAGGCCGAUGCUGUCGCCGAGGCUGUCCACAAGUACUACAUCGCCGAGGAUGAGCGCAAGUUUGGCGCUCCACCACCUCUUGAGGAUGGCGAGGUUGAGAUUGUCAACGCCACCUUCUCUCUUGGUUACGGUGGUAUGCUUUUGCUUUCUCACACCAACCUUCGUCUUCUCAAGGGUCACCGCUACGGCCUCUGUGGCAGAAACGGUGCCGGAAAGUCCACUCUUAUGCGUGCCAUUGCCAACGGCAAGCUCGAGGGAUUCCCUCCUCAGGAUGAGGUCCGCACCUGCUUCGUCGAGCACAACCAGGGUGAAGACGCUGAUCUUACCAUUCUCAACUACUGCUUGAAGGACCCCGAGCUCCAGGCCGAAGGCCAGGACAGAAUCGUGGCCGUUCUCGAGGAGGUUGGUUUCUCUUCCGGUCCCGAAGGUCGCCAAUCUGAGAAGGUCGGCUCUCUGUCUGGUGGUUGGAAGAUGAAGCUCGCCCUGGCCAGAGCCAUGUUGAUGCGCGCCGAUGUCUUCCUUCUCGACGAACCUACCAACCAUCUCGAUGUUGCCAACGUCAAAUGGCUCCAGGAGUACCUCAAGACUCACACCGACAUCACUUCCCUGAUUGUUUCUCACGACUCUGGUUUCCUUGACGAGGUUUGCACCGACAUCAUCCACUACGAGACCAAGAAGCUUGUCAACUACAAGGGUAACCUUGCUGCUUUCGUCAAGCAAAAGCCCGAAGCUGGUGCUUACUACACUCUCUCCGCUUCCCAGGUUCAAUUCAAGUUCCCUCCUCCCGGUAUCUUGACCGGUGUCAAGUCCAACACCAGAAGCAUUCUCCGUAUGACUGACUGCAACUUUACCUACCCGGGAUCAUCCAAGCCUUCGCUCCAGGGUGUCAGCUGUCAGCUGUCGCUUUCCUCCAGAGUUGCCAUUAUUGGUGCCAACGGUGCUGGUAAAUCUACCCUUAUCAAGCUCCUUACUGGUGAAACCAUCCCUCAGACCGGUAAGGUCGAGAAGCACCCCAACUUGCGUAUUGGUUACAUCAAGCAGCACGCUCUCGAGCACGUUGAGAUGCACUUGGAGAAGACCCCCAACCAGUACCUGCAAUGGCGUUACGCUAAUGGCGACGAUCGUGAGGUUCUGAUGAAGGGAACUCGUCAAUUGACCGACGAGGACAAGGCCCAGAUGGAGAAGUUCGUCGACCUUGGCCCUGGCAUGGGUCAGCGCAAGAUCGAGUCCAUCAUUGGUAGACAAAAGUGGAAGAAGUCCUUCCAGUAUGAGAUCAAGUGGGUCGGUAUGCUGCCCAAGAACAACACCAUGAUCUCUCGCGAGACUCUUAUGGAGCUCGGCUUCCAGAAGCUUGUCCAGGAGUUCGAUGACCACGAGGCCAGCAGAGAAGGUCUUGGUUUCCGUUCGUUGGAGCCCAAGGUCAUCUCCAAGCACUUCGAGGACGUCGGUCUUGACCCCGAGAUUGCCAACCACAACGAAAUCAGUGGUCUGUCUGGUGGUCAGAAGGUCAAGGUCGUCCUUGCUGGUGCCAUGUGGAACAACCCCCAUUUGCUCGUUCUCGACGAGCCUACCAACUUCUUGGACAGAGACUCCCUCGGUGGUCUUGCCGUUGCCAUCCGUGACUACAAGGGUGGUGUCGUUAUGAUUUCUCACAACGAGGAGUUCGUUGGUGCUCUCUGCCCUGAGCAGUGGCACGUCGCUGACGGCCGCCUUACCCAGAAGGGUACUGUUGCCGUCUCGCUCGACCGCUUCGAGGACUCCUCCAAGCCUGGCUCAUCUGUCGCCAGCUCGGUCGUUAGCUCCGCUGUUCCUUCCACUGUUGGCACUCCUACCCAGAGUGACGCCGAAGGUGGUGGUGAUAUGGCUUUCAGAGCCAGAAAGAAGAAGAAGAUGACCAAGAAGGAACAGAAGGAGAGAGAGGUCCGCAGAAGACUGCGUCACAUUGAGUGGCUCAACAGCCCCAAGGGAACUCCUCACCCUCCUGACAGUGACGACGAGUAG